AUGCAGGGCGACCUUGUCACGCGGCGCACACAGUUCUCGAGUUGUGAUGAGUGUCGUCGGUCACGCGUUGCUUGCGACGCGGUCGUUCGCGCCAAAGAAUUGGGCAAGGACAACUGGGUGAAAGAGAACAAGACGGCCACGGCCAAAAAGGCAUCGAAAGCGGCCAGGAGCAAGAAAAGCCGCCAGGAGAAGAAUGAGUUGGCAAUGAGCGAUUCCGCCGUCUCUAUUCACCAACAUGAGUUGCCAGACGACGAAGCAGCGCGACCCGCAAGCAUUCGCUCAUCAAACCCCUCAGACUGGCCGUCACCCUUUGGCCAUCUGAUGCAGGACAAUGCUGCAGGCUCAUUUGACAUGUCUAUCUCGCCGGCAAGCCACUCGGUCGGUAUACUCAACCCAGAGAUCAUAAGUGGACUCGACUCGUACUGGCUCUCGGCCAUCUACCAGAUGGGGUUCGACUCGGUGUUUGGGUCGUGGAUGGGCCGUUUCUGCAAUCCAUUCGCGACGGGUGAGCACAGUCGCGCAGACAAAUACGUGCGCAUCUCCGACUUGUGCGGCAAGCUUGACCAAUGGAUGGCCAGUGAGAACAGGAUGCCUGAUCAUUCAGCAACAUCACCCAAAGGCCUGAGCCACGCCGAGAUGGUCAGAGACCGGCAGAUCGACGAGUCUCUGCGUAUGACCAUUGUCGCCUUCUCGGCCAGGUGGCUGCCCUUGGUGCCCUCGUCGAGCGCAACAGGUCAAGGCCGUGACCGCAGUGCGUCGAUUGAGGCACUAUGGAGACACGCCAGGCGCGACAUGCUCAGAGUCAUCAAUCGGCCAUCGUAUCGAUCCAUGCUCACCCUGUUUCUCUUUGCUCUGACGCCCAUCCCCUCAAGCAUCUCGGAAGACGAGGAGUUGGAUGGCAUCUCGGGACAAUCAUGCGUACACGCCGCCCUCCAGCAGAUCCAGAUACUACGUGCCCGUCACAGGAACCUUCAAUUCAGUGGCUCCAAGGUGUCGCCUUUUUCCAAAAGGCCACCGAUGCCGACGAGCCCGGAUUCUCUGGGCACGUCCGAUUUCAUGAUGGCCGAGAGCACAGCGCACUGGGCGGCGCUCACCUUCGACACCUCAGCCUCGCUGACACUCAACAGCCGCUCUCUUUUGUCGUCUGGUCUUUUCGGCUACGAUGAAGAGCUAUCGUGGCGUCUCGUGCGCUCGUCGGCCAAGAUGUUUGUCGAGGCUUCGCACCAGUGGCUGCCUGGCAGUAUUGAUAUUGACGACGAUCGUGCGAAUCGAAUUGUAGGAGCAGCAUCAGCCUGGAAACUCUGGGGAUGGAAACUCACUGCCGUAUUCAAAGAGGCGCUCCGAGACGGCCACGAAGAAGACCGAGUCCAGAACGCCUUCGCCGCGGUCGUGGAGUCGAUCCAAUACUUCAACGCGAGCUUCCGGCCCCAUCUUGAGGCAUGUCAACGGCGCAUGCAUUUCCUGAACCAAGACACCCGGUUGCGAUGGUACUCGCUGAUGCUGCAUUAUCACUUGAGCAUCCUCAUGCUUGCGGAUAUCGUGGAGGCCACCGAGCGCUUUGACCUGAUGGCGAAUCUCAAGGUCCUCACCGCCGAGGCCGAGAACACGGUCAUGGACACAUUGGUAUUCGGCCUGAAUAGCAUGUUCACCCUCUCCAUCAACCCCAACAGCGCCUCGACCCAGGGCCACGCCACAUCCAUCACUGUACCGCUCACGGCUGUCGACCCGUACCCCCACCACAUCGUGGCGGCUAUGCAGCUCGUCCGCAAAGCGAUUGAAAGGGACUACAGCGCGGGGAAGAUUGCCCCGGACUCGUAUGCGACGUUGCGCGCCACAAUGGAGAAGACACUGGAUCUUCUGCCCCAGAGCUCCAAGUCUAUCCAGGCCGCCAAGGUGCGACAGGUUGAGAAAGAGCGCGGAAACAACCUGUACCAAACGUUGCAUGGUCAAGGACAGGAUGUCCAUCUCAUUGACGCGCAACUGUCGCAGCUACAAGCUAGCAUUGGGGCUGUUGAGGAGUUACGGGCGUCAUGGUCUGCCGAGGGCACAGGGACGGGCAAGGUAGUGACACAUCUUCCCGACGAGCUAGGUCAAGCGUUGCAGUCUUCAUGGCUUGUGGUCGAGUGUGUUCCCGAACGGUUACCGUUGAAGAAACAAAUCCUCCAGCAGCUGGACACCGUGGCACCGGAGGAUGUCAUUGUCGCUUCCAAUUCGAGCAGCUACUCGUGUGGCGAGAUUAUUCAUGAUUUGGACCUAAAGCACAAGAGUCGGAUACUCAGCGCACAUACCUAUUGGCCGCCCGAGACGCCAGACCAAGCGCAUGUGCAGUACAUGCUCGACCGAUGCGCGGCUCACGGGUUCGAACCUUUCCACGUGCGAAAGCCAUCGAUGGGAUAUCUGUAUAACCGGAUUUGGGCCGCUAUCAAGCGCGAGGCGCUUCUCGCCGCGUCCGAGGGUGCAGGAACCCCAGAGGAGAUCGAUGCCAUCUUUCGAGGCAUCCUCAAGACCGCCAAGGGACCCUUUGAGCUGAUGGAUGUCGUGGGUCUGGAUGUUGUUUAUGACAUUGAGCAGCACUAUGCGGAGGCGCGGGCGGAUGUGCCUGAGGAACCGAGACAGUACCUCAAGAAGUAUCUGGACCAGGGGGACUUGGGCGUGAAGAGUGGCAAAGGGUUUUAUGAGCACGCAAGGAAAGAUACUUGA